AUGCAGUUCCUUGUCUUGGCCCCAGAGGCGAUAGUGCUGGUUUUUCUAGGCCUCCUCGCCAGUCCCUCUUGGCAGUAUGUCACCAUCGAGCUCAAGAACAACUCCAGGUCCCUCGGCGACAGGUACAAAUACGAAGACGAUAGCGUGUUCACCUACCGCUACGCCAACUUCCCCGGGAACGGCAAGUUGAGCGGCUACGUGUGGAGGUGGAGCGACCUCGAAUUCCCUACGAAUGGCUGUCAGUACAUCGACCCUCUCUCCUACGAUGUCCAGGCCGAGGGUUCUCGCUGGUUCGCCCUGAUCGAAGGUCUCAGCACCUGCGCCAAGGACAUGGUCCAGAACGUCAGAAACGCCGGGUUCGACCUGGUGAUCGGCUACGACAACGGUUCCUCAUCGGCUCCAGAUCUGUCCAGUUCUCUCAGAGACAGCGAUUUCCCGAUCGUGGCUAUCUCCAGCGGAUACGCGGAGAAACUGUUGGAGAUAGCGGCCACGGAUUCCCAGACAGGCUCCGUUAGAGCCGACGUCUCGGUGGUUGAUCUCGACGAUUUAGUGGUCGGAUUCAGUGUGGGCUUUCUCGUUCUAUCCCUCGCUCUCUUCACGCUGUUUUUCUGCUUCGUCUACUGCCGGUGGCGGGCCCGUCGGCGCGGGCUCUACAGUUUCCCGGCGACCGGCGGCCGGGACCCACUCCAACAGCGAUUCACCCGAGCGAGGCUGGAAAGACAGGAGCUAAUCGAGAGCAUUCUGCGACAGUUACAAGAACUGCACAUCGAACCAGGCCGUCACCCGCCGCUAGGAGAAGAGGCGACGCGAGCUCUCCCGCAGAAGAAGUUCUCCGAGGUGGCGCUUCGCGAGUCCUCCUCCAGCAAAGAAACCUGCGCAAUCUGUGUGGAAGAAUUUCAAGCGGAGGAGGUCGUACGUGUACUGCCUUGCAGCCACUUCUUUCACCCCAACUGCAUCGACCCAUGGCUCACAGAGCACAGCUCCAUGUGUCCCCUCUGCAAACAGUCGGUUUCUCAACAGAACGAACAGCCGCCGGGAGUUCCGGGGGCGCCGUACGAAGUCAAUCCGCUCUCCUCCUCCAGUGCCAGCAGUCUCAGUAUAGAUACAGAGAGUUUGGAGAAUUUCGCAACGCCUACUGCUGUUACUCCAGUUCCACCACCACUCGAAUCUCCAACUUUUGCCGUCCAAGUGAGAGGAUCUUCAGCCUCUGUGAACGACGAUAGUUUGUCUUCCGCUUCGAGCGACGCACCACUUAUAACUUCUACCAAUCGUUAG